UCAUGAAUAUGCGAGCGCUUAUCGCAGUACGCUGGAGUAGGUCCUGUACAGUCUACAGCGCUUUGUGUUUUCUCAGACAGAAACAGGAGGAUUGACGGAUAUAAGCGACGUUUGUGUAUCAUCCCGCAUAAUAUCGCACUAAUCAUGCCCGGACAGGCGUCGGUGACGGUGGCCAGCGGCCCGCAGAAGUCGAACGGUUUUGUUUUGAAGAAGAUUAUGAAUAUUCCUCCUCCAAACAUACUGGAGGAUCAAGACGACGAUAUUGAGAAGGAGAAACAGGGUUCGACCUGCGGCGGGACAUCCGGUGGCGGCGGUGGUUCGGGGGGUGUCUCGGCCUCUCUCACCCCCACCAUCUGGGACAAAACCAUCCCGUAUGACGGCGAGACCUUCCACCUGGAGUACAUGGACCUGGAUGAGUUCCUGCUGGAGAACGAGAUCCCCGUCACACUGGAGGAGGAGCUGAGCAGGGGUCCGUCAGCCCGAGACACACCCUCCGAGGAGCCGGCAACCGUCCCGCAGAUGCCUGAGGAGGAACACAAGGACGACGAAGAGUCUGAGGACCACUCGCUCACUGUGAACAUCGAGACGAACGCAGAAGUCCAAGCGGCCCCGGACCGUGUGACGCCCCCUCCGAUCGACCCAGAGGAGAUCGAGGUGAGCGUGGCCUUCCAGCCGGACCCCACGGACCUGGUGCUGUCCAGCGUUCCCGGAGGAGAGCUCUUCAAUCCACGCAAACAUCGCUUCUCUGUGGACGAGCUCAAGCCACAGCCCAUGAUCAAGAAAGCCAAAAAAGUGUUGGUUCCUGCAGAGGCCAAGGAUGAAAAGUACUGGUCGCGGAGGAAGAAGAACAACAUGGCAGCGAAGCGCUCGCGUGACGCCCGCCGUCUGAAGGAGAACCAGAUCGCCGUUCGCGCCUCCUUCCUGGAGCGGGAAAACGCGGCGCUCCGACAGGAAGUGGCCGAGCUGCGCAAAGACUGCGGCCGCUGCAAGAAGAUCAUGCUGCUGUACGAGGCCAAGUACGGCUCGCUGUGAGGGACAUGCUUCACCCCGACACACAUCAGUCUCCCUUAUAAUUCACACCGCAGUCACACAGCCGGGGAUUGUGGGUAAUAUGGCGCCGCGCAGGAGGCGGACGAGAACGACACGAGCGUGUGUUUGUAAAGAACGUUUGAAGAAGAAGAAGUCAUAUGAUAACACAACAUAACCUUUGACCUCCUCAUUCUGCCCUCUCAUUCGGUAUGAAGACGAGAUAAUGUGUCUAUGUUUGUGUACAAGAGGUUUUUCGCAGAAAACAAGCGCAUGACCCUCGAUAUGAAGCAAUUCUUUUCUUUAUUCCUCGUAAACGAGCGUGCGACGGAUGGUCACGAUCUGUGAAGGUGAAGUCCGUAAAUAUAUAUACGCUUGUAUUUCGUCUGCUAGUGUCGUCGUUUGUCGGGAAUGACCUAAUCGUGUAGAGUCGACACUUCUGUCAUGCAGAUUAACUCUAGAGCGAUUCAAACACUUCUUCACCAGAGUUAAGCGGGCGAUUAUUGUAACGUGAGCGUCUGCGCUUGGGUUUAACUACGAGUGACUCAUCCACUGGAUCUGGUUUGUGUUCGGGGUUUGAUCCACGGCAAUAAUGUGCAACUCAUCUUUACCUCAGAUCAGAUGUUUCUGACGAGUGUCUUUUAUUUAUUUAUUUAUUUUUAAAAUACCAUUUUA